AUGGACCUGGAUAAGGUGACGUUGGAGAUUUUUUCCAAGUUGGAGCAGAAGUGGUUGUACCACUGUGAUGGGAAGAAGACGCGUGUUUUAAGCAUUGACGGCGGAGGAACUACCGGCAUUGUUGCAGGUGCCGCCUUGGUUCACCUUGAGUCUCAGAUCCAAGCGAUCACCGGUGAUUCACACGCUCGCAUUGUGGAUUUCUUCGAUAUUAUCGCCGGCACGGGAAUCGGCGCUUUUCUCUCCGUGAUGCUCGUCGCAGACGAUGGUGCUGGUCGUCCACUGUUUUCCGCGAAAGACGCUGUUGAUUUUUUGAUGGAGAAUCAGACGAAGCUUUUCAAGGAGAAAAACGUAGGCGUUUUUCACCGCCGACAGAGGUUUUCCGAUACGAGCAUGGAUAGGGUGCUAAACGAAGCGCUUAGGAGAGAAGACGGUAAGGUUUUGACCUUAAAGGACACGUGUAAGCCACUUCUCAUACCAUGCUUUGACCUCAACACCUCGGCGCCAUUCGUCUUCUCUCGUGCCGACGCCUCCGAGUCAGCGAGCUUUGACUUUGAGCUUUGGAAAGUAAUCCGCGCCACAUCAGCGACUCCGUCAAUGUUCAAGCCGUUCAAGCUCUCCUCGAUUGACGGGAAAACCUCUUGCUUGGCCGUGGACGGCGGACUUGUAAUGAACAACCCCGCCGCCGCAGCCAUCACUCACGUCUUGCACAACAAGCGUGAUUUCCCGUCAGUCACCGGCGUUGAUGACCUUCUGGUACUCUCUCUCGGUAACGGACCGUUGAGCACUUCAUCAAAGUUGAAACUCCGCCGCGAUGGCCACUGUACGCCGUCGUCCGUCGUUGGCAUUUCCCUCGACGGCGUCUCUGAAACCAUUGACCAAAUGCUCGGCAAUGCCUUCUGCUGGAACCCCAAUAGUUACGUCAGAAUUCAGGCUAACAAUGUUGGGAAACGACCGGAGGAGGUGUUGACGGAGAGAGGUGUUGAGUCGUUACCGUUUGGCGGGAAACGGUUACUAACGGAGACAAAUGCGCAGAGAAUCGGAGGGUUUGUGCAACGGCUUGUUGCAUUGGGAAGGAGUAGUCUACCACCAAGUCCGUGCAAGGAAACGGGCCGUCAGUCCUCUUUUUAA